AUGAUUGGUAAACUAAAAACAAAUGAAAGGUUCAGUCCAAAAUACCAACAAGGAAUAAAUGAAGGUAGCACAGAGCCAUUAUGCCACCUUUGUCAUAAAGAAAACAUGGAGAAUCAAACAACAGUGCCUUACUUUCUGCUGCUGGAAUUCUCAAAAAAUCAGAAUCUGCAGCUUUUGCAUUUCUUCUUCUUCUUUGUGUUAUAUCUUGCAACUGUAACAACAAAUCUUCUCAUCAUCUCUGCAGUUGCUUUUGACCAUCAACUGCAUAGCCCCAUGUACUUCUUUCUCAUGAAUUUAGCUCUGCAGGACGUGGGCAUUGUUUCAGUCAUUGUCCCCAAAUCAAUGAUAAAUUAUCUCAUGGACACCAGACACAUUUCUUACUUUGGUUGUGUUGCUCAAAUCUUGCUCUUUCUCUCCUUUGAAACUUCUGACUUUUUCCUCCUGACAGUCAUGGCAUAUGAUCGGUAUGUAGCCAUUUGCCACCCACUGCACUAUGAGAUGGUGAUGAAUUGGAAAGCCUGCACUGCUAUCAUAAUUCUAGUGUGGGUUACAGGUCUCCUCUAUGGAAUGUUGCAUACCACUGGCACUUUUUCUGUCCUGUUUUGUUCUAAUGUUGUUAAUCAGUUUUUUUGUGAAAUUCCACAAUUGAUAAAAUUAUCCUGCUCUGGAUUAAAUCUAUUUGAGAUUGGAAUUCUUGUGUUUGGUAUCAUUACCGUACUAGGUUGUUUUACUUUUAUAAUUGUAUCUGACACAGUGAUUUUCAAGGCAGUGUUAAGAAUCCCUUUUGAAAAAGGAAGGCAAAAAGCCUUAUCCACCUGUAUUCCCCACCUCACAGUAGUAUCUAUGCUAAUAUUAAGUGCAUGCUUUGCCUAUCUGAGACCUGCCUCUAACACUCCGUCUUACUUAGAUUUUGGUUUGACUGUUUUGUAUUCCCUCCUUCCGCCCCUGUUCAAUCCAAUCAUCUAUAGCAUGAGAAAUAAGAAUAUCAAAUGUGUCCUUUCUCAAAUGUGGAGGUUUUGA